AUGAAGGUCUAUGCUGACCUCAAAGCGCAUGCUCAAGAACGAGAGAUUAAGCCAGGAGAAGUUGUACUCAUUAGACAACCCAAACAAAACAAGCUCAGCACUCCAUACAAUCCAAAACCAUUCAUCGUGGAGGAACAGAAAGGCACCAUGGUCACAGCGAGUGAUGGUUCACACACUGUUACGAGGAAUUCAUCGCAGUUCAAAGUUAUUCCGAAACAUCUUGCACCCUGCCAAGAGAAUGGUGGAAGGAAAGAUGAAGAAAAGACACAAUGUCCAUCCAAAAUGAAAGCUGACGCCUUGCCGAGACGAUCGAAACGACAGAUCAAACCUCCUGUCAGGUUUUCAGACUAUGUACAAAUCGUCUACGAGAAAUAG